GAGGAAGGAGAGAAAAGCUUCGUCCUUUUCAGCGUCGAACGGAGCGCGCGCACCACCUCCACUCCUUCCCACCUCCAAUGGCCGAUCCCUCCCCCCGCACCACACCGGACACCGCCGGCGGCUGCCGCCUCGGGCACGCCGCCGACACCGGGCACUUCUCCGGCGCGCACACCUCGAGCGAGGACUCCGGCGGCGGCGACUGGGGCAGCUCCUCCGACUCGGAGAGCUCCGGCGACGCGGCGGCGGCGGCCGCGGGCGUGGCGACGAGCUUCAGGCUGUUCUCGGAGUCGAUGCUGAGGAUGGAGCACGCCGAGGUGGAGAUGGCCAAGGCCCGGGAGGCCCUGAGGGUGGAGGCGGAGCGGAGGCGGGCGGAGCUGGAGGGCGAGAUGACCCGGAUGCUGCUGCAGACGCAGCUGCAGGUCGCGGCGGCCGUGGCCGGGAAGGGCCGCGGCGGCGGCGGCGGCGGCGGCGGGAGGAAGCGGAAGCAAGCCGAGGACGAUGACCGGCCGUCGGCCUCCACCAGGGAAGGAGCUCUCUUGCUCAGCUUGCUGCACUGUAAUCUCUUCUUCUGAAGUGGGUAGACGCGCGUGGGAUCUUCAGUUGCUGCUUUCAUUCUCGUCUCUAUGGUAAGCUACAAGAUUCAUUUCAAAAGUGUGCAAAAAGGAUGUAACUUUGAUGUUAGUUUUUCACGUACAUGUCGAUGUCUGCGAAUCUUCACCAUCAGUUGAUGUUUAUAAGAUUCCGAAGUGCCCGCGUUUGCCGCCUCGGACAGGAAUGACUGUAAAUCCGCUUGUGGCCAUGAGUAAACUAGAUGUGAUGCUUUUACAGUGGAAAGAGUCAGAAUUAGGUGAGUUUGGACAAGAGAAGAAUGUAAAAGAGUAAGGGACGCGUCCCGCCAAUUGGAGGCAAUAAUGCCUCUUCAAUUUAGCUUAGAUCCAACUGGAAUUUCUUCUUGUGAGUCGUGGGAUCUCCAGCCCUCUCUUCCGCGACGCUGAGCAAUGCAUUCCGUCGGCUUGUGGCGCUCUUGAUGUACUCUUGCAGAGGCGGGAGAAUCCCCUCCUCGUCCUUGUUCGCUUGCCUGCGAAUUAUCUGCAAAUGUAACAAAAAAAUCAGAAACCCUGAUUGAGUUCGUUUGUUUCCCA